AUGGAAGAAACUGACAGAGAAGUGUCUCGUUUGUGGAGAGCCUACAGAACCAUCAAGGAGAUGGUCAGAGACAGAGGGUAUUUCAUCACCCAAGAGGAGAUAGAUCAGACCCUGGAUGAAUUUAGAGCCAAAAUCUGCGACAGCAUGAGCAGACCACAGAGGAAGCUGAUGUCGUUUCAGGCAAACCCCACCGCGGAGUCUUUGGAAAAAUACCCCGAGUUGGGCUCGAUGUGGGUCGAGUUUUGUGACGAGCCAGGUGUGGGAGUAAACACCAUGAAGAACUUCUGCGCGCAUUUGAUCGAAAAGAACUUCUCAACAGGGUUGUUUAUUUAUCAGAACAAUUUGACCCCAGCUGCAACCAAGGCAAUUAUUGCGGCCGAGCCAGCAACUGUGGAGCUGUUCCAGGAGUCCGACAUCGUCGUCAACAUCACCCACCACGAACUGGUGCCUAAACAUAUAAGGCUCUCCACCGAGGAGAAGAAGGAGCUGCUCACAAGAUACAGGUUGAAGGAGUCUCAGUUGCCCAGAAUCCAGAGAGAAGACCCUGUUGCUAGAUACCUUGGGCUCAAGCGCGGCCAGGUUGUGAAAAUCAUUAGAAGAUCCGAGACAUCUGGUCGUUACGCAAGUUAUAGAAUAUGUCUAUAG